AGAUGUUUUUGGCCCAAGAUGGAGGAUCCAAAAUAUGGAUCGAAGGACACGGCUGAACUUGCACAUGAAGAAGCGGAGCGGCAAGAUUUGGCACAAAUUGCUCCAGCCAAGUCAUGGUUUAGUUCUUUGAAGGGCGCAGUGCAAGGAGACAGGGACCCUACUGAUGCACUGGUCGCCAAGUACAAUCAGGGUCAAGACUCCGAUGAAGAAGAGAACGAUGACUACGGAGUUGAAGUUCGUCCUCCCAAGCCCUUCGUCGACACCCCACUGUUUAAUAUGUGUUUGGGAGUGGUCAUCGCACUGAACUCUGUGACCAUUGGCCUGGAAACCGAUUCGGUUGCGCAUGCAGUAGCAACACAAGAAGAGCACGACGAUCGUUUGUGGUACAUCGUGGAACUGAUUUUUUGCAUCUUUUUUUUGUUUGAACUCUUGCUUCGUUUGUACUUUCAUCGCCUGCGCUACUUCACCAACCCGGUGACACGAGCAUGGAAUGUGGCUGACUUCGUCAUUGUCUCGGUCUCCGUGGUGGACACGUUGAUUCUCAUCCCUUUCGGUGUGGGUGGCACGGCCCGGGUGGUGGCAAUGCUACGGUUUGUGAGGAUGAUGCGCUUGGCACGAUUGCUGCGGCUCCUGAAACUCUUCAAAGAGCUAUGGCUGAUGGUCAGCGGCCUCCUGCAGUCCUUAAAAACUUUGGGAUGGAUUUGUUUGGUGGCACUUCUCUUUUGCUAUGCUUGCGCAAUUAUCACAACAACAGUCAUUGGGCACAACGACGAGCUCUAUGACCCUUACUUUGCCAAAUCCGGAGGUUGGGACCACGAAGUGUACUUUGCAACAGUUUGGCGGUCCACAUUCACAUUGUUUCAAAUUAUGACUUUGGAUCAAUGGAAUGAAUCGGUGGUGCGUCAUGUGGUCGCAAACCAGCCGGCAAUGCUGAUUUUCUUCCUGAUUUUUGUUUGCAUCAGCAGCCUUGGGCUGAUGAGUAUUAUGAUCGGCGUUGUGGUGGAGAACACCUUGGCCACCGCAAACAAGGAUCAGAACAAGUUGAAAGCCAGGAGGGAGAGAGACCGGAAGCAGGUGUUUGGGCAGCUUCAGGAGAUUUUUGAAAUGGCCGAUGUAGAUGGCAGUGGCACUUUGAAGUUGGAGGAGGUCGAAUCCGCAAUUCAAAAGCCAGAGAUCUACAACAAGUUGAAAAUGAUUGAUUUUCCAGUUGAUGAUCCUGGGCAGAUCUUUGCUCUUUUGGAUUAUGAUGAGAGUGGAGAACUCACCACGGAAGAGUUCAUCACUGGAUGCAUCAGGAUGAAAGGACCAGCCAAGUCGAAGGACUUAUUGGUGGCGCAAGUUGGUGUGGAUUCCAUGCGAAAACAAUACGCUUUGUUUGAGCAAGAGAUGGAGAAAUUCCAAGCAAAGGUUGCCAUGCUAGAUGCCACCAUUCGAGCCGUCAUGUCACACGGUGAACAUGUUUUCCUCGACACUCGGCAGUAUCGCAUGCGUCAUCCAGACUUCAGAGCCCAAACCAUGAAGCGAAUGGCCACCGCUGAAUUCGAGAACAUGCCGUGGAAUCAAGAGGCAAACAAGGCGAACACUACGGCGGCUGCCAUUUUAGACACCCAAGGAGAUGAAGUUCAGGCUUUGACCGAUGGCCCCAGGGACGCCGCGAUUGCGGACUUGGCUCCCAUGCCGUUGGCUGAUGCAGGCGCAAAAGCCUUGGAAGACAAAGGUGAGGAGUAUGCCAUUGCUGUGCCCGGGUCCCUAUCCAAUUGACGUUGAGAGAAACGGUUUAGAGCACGUAGCGUGGCUCACAGCUUUCGAUGUUUCACACAACAGGUUGUCACAGCACAACUGCGCCUGGCCGCGCACAACUGCGCAUGGCAUGUUUUCACAGUUGGCACAGUUUCUUUGUUUCACUGCACCACUGACAAGAUGAGAAGGUCGCCAGAGCGCGCCUAGAGAAA